GAUUAACACAGGCACACUUUGGAGUCAAUGAAGAUGUUCCAGAUACAGGCAUGGAAUCUCUGGUCUGCAGUGAAUUUCAAAAGCAUUCAAUAGCUAUGUGCCAGUAACCUGAUAUUUCAGACUGAGUGUAUCAGAGAAAUGACCACAGGGAAUCACACCUCGGUGACCCAUUUCAUCCUUCUGGGAUUUGCUGACCACCCUGAGCUGAACUGGGGGCUAUUUGUGGUGUUUCUGUCUUGUUAUCUCAUUGCUCUGACUGGGAACCUUCUCAUUGUCUUUGUCACUUUGGCUGACGCUGCCCUUCACACCCCCAUGUAUUUCUUCCUCCGGAACUUGUCCUUCCUGGAAAUCUCUUACACCUCGGUCACCUUGCCCAAGAUACUGGCAAACCUUCUCUCAGAGGAUAGAACCAUCUCCUUCCUCGGCUGUGCAACACAGAUGUAUUUCCUCCUUUUCCUAGGAGGGACGGAAUGUUACCUCCUUGCUGUGAUGGCCUACGACCGAUACAUUGCUAUAUGCCACCCACUGCGUUACCCGGUCUUUAUGAACAGGAGAGUCUAUAUAGGGCUUGCGUCUGCUUCCUGGCUCACCAACUUCCUGGUGUUAAUGGGUCACAUUGCGGCCAUAUUCACCCUACCCUUCUGUGGCUCUAAUGAAAUCAACCAUUUCUUCUGUGAUGUCCCCCCGGUGAUGAAACUGGCCUGCGGGGACACCCACAGGACUGAAAUCGCCAUUCUCCUGGUUGCCCUCUUCUUUGUCCUGCUGCCGUUCGCGCUCAUCCUUGCUUCCUACGUUCGUAUCAUCUCAACCAUCCUGAAGAUGCGUUCAGCUGAGGGCAGGCAGAAAACCUUCUCCACCUGCUCCUCGCACCUCCUGGUGGUGACUCUGUUCUAUGGGACAGCCUGCACCACGUACCUGAAACCCAAAUCCAGCCACUCGCCAAAUAGUGACAAACUCAUUGCUCUGCUGUACUCUGUUGUGACCCCCAUGCUAAACCCCAUUAUCUACAGCUUGCGGAACAAGGAGGUGACAGGGGCACUCCGGAGAUUAACUGAAAAAAAUGUACUCAGACACCAAGAUUUUCUACUGCAUUUAUGGAGGCUUUGCUAUUUUUGUAAAAUUAGAAAGGCACUGUGA